UCACGCUUUUCAUUCCCUCUGGCGUUUGCUUUCCAUCUCAACAUCUAAGACCCCGAACUCAUAUGGACUGAGUGGAUACCAGGUCUGAAACCAUGGUGUAUAUAGAUUCAAGUGGAAAUGUUCGUGAGACCAAUGGCUCCAUCAUCUCCUACAUCUUAUCUUUCUUCUCGUUCUUCAUUUUGUUCUUCAAGUCAUUGUUUGGCGUUCAAAUGGUGGAGGUGGAGGAAGAUGGCCUGGCAGUGGCGGGCCGGGAGGACCUCCAAGAAACGGUGGAUUUCGACGCAACAUCGGCGGCUUGCCACGAGGUAGUGGAAUGUCAUGCCCUCCAAUGGCAGGUGGUGGAUGAGGCAGCUAAAUGUCUGGGUAGCGCCCAGACAGUGGCGUGGCUAAUCUUGGCUUGUUAG